UUCAAAUUUAGGUCUAGGAUCAAUUCUGAGUUAAUUUUUGAAGUUUUCUGAGUGUCUAGGGUAUUUCUUUAGAAUGGUGUUUCAGAAACAGUUCUAGAAAAGACUUCUCAGUGGAUUUCAUUUGCUACUUUAUCAAAGGACUGCCAGGAAACUUCAGGAAGUCCUAACUGAGCCGAGAAGACCCUGUUGUAUACAGAGAAGUCCAAAGAAGAAGCAGUGUUGCUGUCCUGCCUGCCUUCACUUCUUGCUAGUGAGUGCAUCUGUCCCUUUGCCGCUGCUGCUGUUGCUGCCGCCACUGCCACCUUCCUUCACUGACAUUGGAACCCAGCUUUUUGUACUUUCCGGUGUGGGCUGAAGACCAGAAGCUGUCCAGGUGUGCUCUGGGCCGUAGGCGCCAGAUUGAAGGGUUCUAGGCUUGUGGGUGGAGCCUCUCCAUCAUGGAGACUGCCAUUGUUGGACUCUCUAGACCGGAUCAGGACCUGGUGAGCUUUGAGGAUCUGGCUGUGAACUUCACCCAGGAAGAGUGGGAUUUGCUGGAUCCUUCCCAGAAGAGUCUCUAUGGAGAUGUGAUGCUGGAGACCUGCAGGAACUUCACUGCCAUCGGAUACGAAUGGGAAGACCAGAAAAUUGAAGAACAUAAUGAAGAUCCUGAAAUAAAUCUAAGUAGGCACGUCAUAUCUCACUCUGAAUAUACACAGUAUGAACAUGAAGAUUAUGAACAGAAGCCACAGGACUCCAAUUUUCUUACAAGUAUUGAAGGAUACACGGAAACUCAGACUUCGAGUGGGCCUUCUGUGUGUGAGGUGUGUUUAAAGACCUUUGGACUGUAUCACCUAACUUAUAAUGGACAUCACAACUAUGACUACAAGGAAGCUGGAGGAAGCCAGACUGAGGAAAAUGAUUAUGAAGGUGAUCAGUGUGAUAAAACUUCCAGUUCCCUUCAAAAACAAGAGAAGAAUCAUACUGGAAAAAAACUCUAUGUGUGUCAAGAAUGCGGUAAAGCCUUUAGGUAUCCCAGUGCCCUCCAAUUACAUGAAAGAAUUCAUACUGGAGAAAAGCCCUAUGAAUGUAAAGACUGUGGGAAAGCUUUUAGAGGUCUCAGUGCCCUUCAUUUGCAUGAAAGAAUUCAUACCGGAGAAAAACCCUAUGAAUGUAAACAGUGUGGUAGAGCCUUCACGUAUCUCAGUGCCCUUCAAUUACAUGAAAGAAUUCAUACUGAGGAAAGACCCUGUGAGUGUAAACAAUGUGGUAAAACCUUUAGAUAUACCAGGGCCCUCAAAUUACAUGAAAGAAUUCAUACUGGAGAAAAGCCCUAUGAAUGUAAGCAAUGUGGUAAAUUCUUUAGAAGUCACAGGACCCUUAAGUUACAUAAAAGAAUUCAUACUGGAGAAAAACCCUAUGAGUGUAAAGAAUGUGGGAAAGCUUUUAGGUGGCUUACUUCUCUGAAGUUACAUGAAAAAAUUCACACAGGAGAAAAACCCUAUGAGUGCCCAGAGUGUGGGAAAGCCUUCAGGUGUCAGGCUUCCUAUCAUAGACAUAAAAUAACUCAUGGUGGAGAAACGUUGUAUGAGUGUAAAGAGUGUGGUAAGUCCUUCAUUUACCCCUCUUUACUUCAAGUGCAUGAAAGAACGCACACAGGUGAAAAGCCCUUUGAGUGUAAGCUGUGUGGGAAAGCUUUUAGAUGUCAAUCUUCGCUUCGGCUGCACGAAAGAACGCACACUGGAGAGAAACCCUAUGAGUGUAAACAUUGUAACAAAGCCUUUUCGAGUUACAAUUACCUUCGAUUUCAUGAAAGAAGCCACACUGGAGAGAAACCCUAUGAAUGCAAAGAAUGUGGGAAAACCUUCACACAUCGCUCUUACCUUCGGUCACAUGAAAGAAGACACACUGGAGAGAAACCGUACCAGUGUGUUCAGUGUGGCAGAUCCUUCAGCCGGCAUAGUUCCUUUAAGAGGCAUCAGUCGGUUCAUGGAGUGGAAAACCCGUAUGAAUGUCAGCAAUAUCUACUUCCUUUAUCUCCAUUUUCUUCAAAUGAAUGAAAGAACAGAUAAUGGCAACAAACUUUGAAUGUAAGCGUUUCCCCCAUUGACAUAAAACCCUUGUGGGAACUAAAGACAGGGAUGAGCCCUUUGUAUGUAAACUGUGUGGCAUAGCUUUUCAGGGGUCAAGGUGUCCUUCAGCUCCAUGAAGGAAUUCACUUUGAACAAAGUUUUUAUUUGUUACUAAUGUGGUGUCACUUGUCACACUUCUUUCAGAGAAGUAAGUUAAUUUCUGCUGGGCAAAUGUCCUGUGAACGUACAGGAUAUGUUUAGUCUUUCAUUUCCCCAUUUGCCUUAAAAUCAUGAAACUCAUAGUGGUGAAAGCCACAUGUUCUCACGUCCUUCCAGCACGUGGAUGAACUCCUGACAGAGAAAGUGUGAGUGCGAGGUGUGUGGACGCCUGUAGAUGUCAUUGCUCCCUCACAUUCCACCAGUGACUUGUAUUGGGAAUAGUUUUCCAAGCAAAAAUGAAAACUGAAGUUUUCGAGGUCACAGCUCUUUCAGAAACUUACAGUGAUAGAUGGGGAGCAGUUCUGUAAGUGUGAGGAUUGUGGGAGCUUAAUGGUUUCUGGGAGACGAACAUUUCCUUUACAGUGACUGCCUGGGGCCUUGUAAAUAACCCCAGUUAAACUUGGUGAUUCCUCUAGCCACACUUGGGUAGAAUCAUUCUUUGUCCCUGUCUUUGGUGCCCUGUCUGGGACAGACAAAGUUCACUCUCUAGGGACUUCUAAAGUUGGGUUGUAUCUGUGUCAGUGUGAAACAUCGAGAAGGAGGGGAGACCAACUUAAAGUCUGUGUUUCUGUGUUGGGUGGGAUUUUGGUUCACUUCAGUUGUCAACUUGAUACACUCUCGAGUCACCUGGGAAAGAAUCUCAGUGCUGAAUUGUCUGGGUUUGGAUAGCUUUUGGGCCCAGCUGUGAGGGAGAACAGAAAGGACAGAAGGAGCAGAGCACAGGCAUUCCUUGCUGUUUGCCUUGGGUCUGUGGAUACAGUGUGACCUGUGUCAACUUCUGCCACUGUGAUUGGCCCACAGUAAUGGAUUGUAACCUGGAACCAUGAACUAAAAUAAACCCUCUCUCCCCUAAAUUGCUUUAGUCAAGGUAUUUUAUUCCUGCCACAGGAAUGAAGCUAAGAGUGCCUGGACCUGUGCACAGCGGGAACAUUUGCCUUGUCUCUGACGUUAGUGUUCACAGCACUGGAGGGGUGCCUUCUGAAGGUGCUGCAUCCAAGGCUAGAGAAUUUUACAGUCCCUGCCGUCAGAAUCAUGCUCCUUGUUGCAGGCACUGGAACAUGUAAUAGGCUGAAGUGGCAGUUUAGCAGCAGCUUAUCCACACAUGCAACUAUUACAGCAAGGAGAGACAUCAGGUACCUGGGUUAGCCUCAUAUUGAGGAAAGGUAGAGAAAUGAGAUGGAAGAGAUGAGGGAUUACAGAUUAAAUCUGUACUUCCCAAAACAAACAAACAACCCAAUUCUUCCUGAGAUCCCAAACCUGGAACCCGUGGAAAGAAUGAAACGAGGAGGUAGAAUGGGGUCACAGUGAGAGAAAUUACCCCUAAGGUCUGAACUUACUAGAAAUAAAAAGCUCUUAACAGAGCAUGGAGGUGGAGGCCUGAGCAGCAGCCUCAUACAGGAGACUGAUAACAUAUGUUCUGCCUCUGAAGGCUUUAAGUUCGAGCAAAUGUUUAAUGGGAAAGUAUAGCUGACAUGGCCAGUUAUGUCCUUAGAAGGUGUGUGUGAUUGUUAGCCCAGCACUGUUGGCAGCUGGAGGCGGCAGAUGAAGCAACAGCAGUGUGGUACAGCUUGAUUUCUGAGACUGUUGAGCCCAGGGAGCUGUCGGGUUGCAGAUGGGAGAAUGUCUGAGCUCUUGACCAGUUAGGACAAGAACCAGCUCUUUCCUACUAAGCCUGGCGAGAAGGUACACAGCAGACUUGUGGCAGCACCCUGGGUGGCAGUGGAGAAUGAUUGGGCGGAACAGGCCUAACUGAGGUAGUGCUAACCUAUAUAUGACAUGGUACCAACAUACUUUUUCUUGAGGUAGGUUUCAUUUUGUGCUGGGGAUGGAACUUGUGACCUCACUCAUGAUUAGCAAGCUAACAAUUGAACUGUAUCCUCAGCUCAGCAUCGAUCAUGUGAAGAAAUGGUAUGAAUGAGUAAUAGAAACACUUGGUACAGGUGACAGAAUCUUCAUGCUUUUGGAUAUUGUUAACAUUUUGUUUAUUGUCCUCUUAACUCCUGACUCCCAGUCCAGCUGGCACUUGUUUGGGCUGUUGGCUUAUGGGCCUUCAGCGACCCUGAGACCCCUGUGUAAAAAGGAUUCUUUUACUUGGUCACUGAGCUAAUGCUAUCCUGUGAGUGUUCCACAAAGUUAGAAAAGCAUCCGCGCAAGCUGAAGCGGUGACAGGCAGAUGGACAUGUGCACAGAGCAGGCACAUGGGAAAUUCUUGGAACUUUUGGUAAAACACAUCUUAGUCUGUUCUGUUGCUGUGAAGAGACUCCAUGACUGACCAUGACAACGGAGCUUGCUUACACCUUCAGAGAUUUAGUCCAUUUUCAUGACCAGAGGCAGGGCAGCAUUCAGGCAGACAUGAUGCUGAAGAAGUAGCUGAGAGUUUUGCAUCUUGAUCCACAGGCAGCAGGCCUGGUGUCCGCUUUUAAAACCUUAAAGCCUACCCCAAUGACAUACUCCAACAAAGCCAGACCUUAUCCUUCUAAUCCUCAAGCCACACCCUGAUUCCUAAGCAUUUGAGUGUAUGAGCCUAUGGUGGCCAUUCUUAUUCAAACUCACAGGUAAUGCAACCAAUGAGAAGAAUCCUCAGCACUAGAGAAAUGAUUGAGCAGUCAGGAGCACCUAUUACUUUUGCUAAGGACCCUAGUUUGGUUCCCAGCACUUAAGUCAAUUGGCUUAUCACUCUCUUCUGGCCUCCAUAGACACCUGCACUCAUUCACAUAACCGUAACCCCACACAAGAGAUGUGCAUAUAUGUAAGUAGAAAAAAAUUCCUCAGUAACCUCUUUGUUCAAAUGUUAAAACAAUGGUUGAAGACUUUAAAUGAAAGUACCCUGUAUGCAUGGAAAAUGUUCCCAGAAGAUAUGUUGGUGAAAAUGCAGUGCCACAGGUGGGCUGCCUUUCUUGGAGUUGUUACCCCUGGAGAACACCCCCAAACACACAGCACAUGCUAUUGCCGGUGCGGUUAGUUGCUCACCAGAACUAGAUGGUAAGGCUCCAUUGCUGAAGAUAUUGCAUGCAUGCUGUGCUUGGUGACUGGAGAACUCAAGCUGAGACUGAGCUGGGAGCUUCAUGGGUGACUAUAGCGGUUGGGCAGGAUGGCUGUUUGGGGUGUCAGAAUAUGUGGCUCCAUGCUGAGCCCUAAGUAAGACAGUGUUCAUGGACACACACUGCUCUCUCUUUCUCUUGGUUCAGGGCACUGGUAGUAUGGAUAGAAACAGUGGAAGAAAAGGAGGAACAACUCAAGUGUUUCUGAGCGUGGCAUUACUAUUUUUCUCUUGAAAAUGGUAACCUGGUCCUGCCUGCCUCCCAAGGAUUUAUAGACAGUUAAUAUUAACUAGGUUGUGGUGGUUAUUGUUAGCCAGAGCCAAGCCAUUUAUAUAAUUCCUCCACUUUUGGUUGAACAAUGAUAAUUCACAUAGUUACAGUCUUUAUUAAAACAUAUACCACAACAUUUCCCCCUUUUUUUGUCUAAAGUAAAAAAGGCUAUGCCUUACAGGAGAUUAUUCAUUCCCCAGCCACCCAGACUCCUGAGAUAAUCACACAGAAAUUGUAUUAAUUAAAUCACUGCUUGGCCUGUAGCUCUAGCUUCUUAUUAGUUAGCUUUAUAUCUUUGGUUAACCCAUUUCUAUUUUGUAUUUUACCACAAGGCUCGUGGCCUACUAGCAAGGUUCCAGCAUGUCUGUCUCUAGUGGCAACUCCAUGGCUUCUCCCUGACUCCGUCUUCUUUCUCCCAGCAUUCAGUUCAGUUUUCUCCGCCUAUCUCUAAUCUGCCCUAUCACAGGCCCAAAACAGCUUUAUUAACCAGUGAUAUUCAUAACAUAUAGAGGGGAAUCCCACAUCAAUAAGUAGUAUGAGAAAAACUAUAUACAGUAAGUACAAUAACUAUAUACAGGCAAUAAAUAUAUCAACAAUGUCUAGUUCGUUUGCGUUUGACAAAUUCAGAGAAAAUGCUCCAUAUCUAUCCUAUCUUGAUGAGUCCAAAAGUUGUACCUAAUUCAUUUUUUAUUCAUAUUUGCAUUACCAAAUUAUCUUUUAAUGUCUCAACCUUUUUUACACGUUACACCUCUUUAGUGAGUUUCUUUUCUAGUCUGGUAAACAAGGAAAAAUUGUAUGUACACUAUAACAACUGUAGUAAAUUGGUUCCUAGUACUAAAGCAACUCAGUUUUUCUAGAUGGUUGAUUUCAUUUCCCUAGGUGUCGCCCAGCAGUGGCCAGCCAGGAGAAAUGUUUGUCCACCAUCAUUGACUACUCACAGGAGUCAACUGUGUGAGCCUGCAAGGGAAGCAACACCCUCCUUCCCUGCCCCUCCUGCCCUGUAAUUGCUUCUCAUUGCAGACUCCUUUCAGGUGUGUGUUGUCUCCUCAGUACAGGCCUGCACUAUAAGUAGCUCUUUCCCUUGUCUUUCCAUUUAUGGCAUUGACUGAAAAUAGCCCUAUAGGCUCAUAUAUAUGAAUGCUUAGUCACCAGGGACUAGGAUUCUUUGAGAGGGUUAGAAGGAUUAAGAGGUGUGGCCUUGUUGGAGGAAGCAUGCCGUUAGAGGUAGACUUUGGAGUUUCAAAAGACCGUAUCAGGCGCAACCUUUGCCUGUUGCCUCCUGUGGGUCAGGAUGUACCUCUCAGCUACUGCUCUGAAGGCAUGUGUGCCACCUUGCUCCCACCAUGGUAAUGGACUAAGCCUCUGAAACCAUAAGCCAUCCCUGAACUAAAUGCUUUCUUUUGUAAGAGCUGCCGUGGUUGUAGUGUAUCUUCGCAGCAAUAAAGCAGUGACCUAAGACACCACCUUCCAUUUGAUGUUCCUCUACUCCUUUCCCUGAUCCUCACCCUCUUGGUAGUCCUGGUCCCAUGGAGUGAGACCACUAGAGACUAUCUUCACUGCUUUCCUGGAUGUACAUUGCUGAGUCAAUCUUGGGUUAGUGUGGUAAUACAUCCCCUUCUCAGGAAACUUCCUUUCUGGUCAUUCAACAGAUACCUAUCAGAAAUCUUGAUGUUGGGUGGGAAAGUCAUUCUGAACUGUUACUCUCUGCUAGAGGAGCAAUGAAGACAUUUCUGCUCCUGAAGUACUGUUUUAUUGAGCAGGGCUGUUGGUGGGUUCACAGACAUAGCUAGAUCAUCCUUGCUCCCCUCCAUCACCAACAAAUAAUAGUGGGCAUUGGAUCAAUGAGCUGCACUGGUAGGUACUACUCACAUGUGCCAGUUUGUUAAAGGGGAAAUGAGCUAACAGGAAAAAUGUCAGUUAACCCUUGCCUGUAAGUACUUUACUCAAGUCCAAAUGUAAUAGCAAUUAUGACACUUGAUCUGUAUUUUAAGACCUGAAAACUUUUGGACUUUACGUGAAUAAUAUGAAAUCAGAAUACAGUAAGUAUAAAGAAUGACCUGUGCUUUUAGGAAAUACCCACUGUAGACAGUUAGAUGGCCUGUACAUAAUGAUUACUAAAGAUUAAUGGUGCCCUGCAGUAGACACCCUAAAGAAGAAAAAGCUUUCCAAUUUAUAUCUCAACAGAAAAUUGCAUGAAGUUCACACAGUAUACCAGAUGUAGAUUUCUGAAUCAUGGGAGGACUGGUCUUCACUUCCCCAGAAGACAUCUCAAUGUAACCAAUCCACAACUAGUAUUUUGGUGGCCCUCAUCUUCAGGUCAGUCCAGUCCACCAUUCAGACCCCAAUAAGGUGGCUCCAAACACAACACACAAAUAUAAUUAUGGGGAAAACAGUGUGUGGCUUGGAGCCAAAGGCUUAGUGGUAGAGUACUUGGCAGCAAGUGAAAAGUACUGGAUUGGAUCCUCACUACUAGAGGGGAGAAAAUCUAGCCUUAAGGAAAUAGAGUCAUCAUGGCAGUGAACUCCUGUAACAGGAGGAGGAGAGGGCCUGCUUUUUGUCCCAGCUGCCUGGCUAGCUUACACCCGAAAUAACCACACAAAAAUUGUAUUAAUUAAAACACUGCUUGGCCAUUAGCUCUAGCCUCCUAUUAGCUAACUCUCACAUCUUGAUUUAACCCAUUUCUAUUAAUCAGUAUAUAACCAUGAGGUCGUGGCUUACCAGGAAAGAUUUAGCAUGUCUGACCUGGCGUCUCCAAGGCAGCUCUCUCUUACUCUGCUUUCUUCCUCCCAGAAUUCAGUUCUAUCUUCUCCGCCUACCUAAGUUCUGCCCUAUCAGGCCAAGCAGUUUCUUUAUUGAUUAACUAAUGAAAGCAACACAUAGAAAGAAGGACCUCCUACACCAAACUCUUGUAAUACCAACAUUUGGAAAAUGAAGUCAGGAGGAUUGGAAGUUCAAGGACAUUUGAGGUACAAGAGGAGUUCAACAGCCUAGGUUUCAUGACACCCUAUUUGAACAUACCCUGCCUCACUCAAAUGUUUUCUGUAGAUAGACAAUAGGCUCACACUUGUGAUGCCAGCAUUCAGAAUGUUGAGGCAAAAUCAUUGUAAAUGGAGACAGCUCAUUUGUUUACUGGCCGCCUAGACCCAAAUAAUAACACAGAAAUUAUAUUAAUUACAAUACUUUUUGGCCAAUAGCUUAGGCAUAUUUUUAGCUAACUCUUAUAUCUUAAAUUAACCCAUUUCUAUUAAUAUGUGUAUUGCCACGAGGCUGUGGCUUACAGUGCCAGCAUGUUACUCCUUUGGCAGCUACAUGGCAUCUCUAUAUCUCUGUUUGGAUUUCCUGCCUGGCUUUACUCUAAGCCAUCGGCCGAAACAGCUUCUUUAAUAACCAAUAGUGAUAAAACAUAUUCAUAGCAUACAGACGGGAUACAUUAGAUCGCAGACUCAUGUAGUGGGAGCUGCGGGCCUCUUCCCACAGCCCGGCUCAUGGCUGCCUGGCUAGCUUAUGCCCCAAAAUAACGACACACAAACUCUAUUCUUUUAAACACUGCUUGGCCCAUUUCUAUUCAUUUGUGUAGCACCCCAAGGUGUGCUUACCGGGAAGAUUCUAGCCUACGUCCAUCCUGGGUUGGAGUUUCAUCAUGUCUGCUUUGGAGAGGAGAGCAUGGCGUCUGUCUCUGAGAGGAGCUGCCCUGCAUCUGAGCUCACUUCCUCUUCCUCCCAGCAUUCUAUUCUGUUUACUCCACCCACCUAUGUUUGAACCUAUGAGGGCCAAGCAGUUUCUUUAUUACUUAACCAAUGAAAUCAACAGAUUGAUAUAUGACACUCCCACAUCAGACUCAAGCUUAAGACCAGCCUGGGGUACACUGAGUUGUGGUACAACUGCUGUAGUACAGUAUAAGAUCCUGUCUCAUAAAAUGAGGUGUGUGUGGGGGGAAUUAAAAAGAUCAAAAUAGAAAGCCAACAGAAUUCCUGUCAAUCAGUGAAUAAUGAAAUAGAGUAUAGUUUAAAUCAAAGACGUGAUCAUUUACCUGCAUUUACUUUAGAUCUGUACUUCAAAUGAGUUACAUGGAAUAAUCACCAAGAUAAGUCUCCUUCUGCAUCACAGAUAUAAAAGAGUGGUAUACACACUAAAGUUUGGUCUAAGAUCCUAGUCAAAUAAGAAAUGGGAACAACCGCAAAUAACUAGAAAUUAAACUACAGAGUUUAAGUCACAUGGUUUAAAGAAAUAUCUCUAAGGAUAAAUAUAAAUACUUCAAGAACAGUGAAAAAAUAUAUUUUAUAUAAAAAAGAAUAAAUUUUAUUCAAAUUCAUGGUGUGCUGCACAAGUGAGGCAAGCAUGCAUAGAAAAUAGUUUACCAAUUUGGGAACAUACUUGAUUUGAACUGUGUACAUGACCCUCCUUAUAAAUCACUGGGAAGCCUGAGAGUCUGACCUCCAUGCACUGUGCACACAGUGCUCUCUACACAAGAAACCUGACAGCCUCUUAACAGCUGCUUUGUUUACAGAAUUGCUAAGGACCUAGAGGAGCUCACAAUAUGCCUCCUGUGUGCAAGUCUCCAUCACAGACGGGUAGAUCUUCAGCUCACUGUGUCUUGACGAGGAGCAGGACAUGUGGGCCAAUUCUCUCCAGGGAUGGAGAAUUUUUGCUAAGGUACUCCACUGUUAAAACACAGGCCUAGGGCUGGAGAGAUGGCUCAGAGGUUAAGAGAACUGACUGCUAUUCUGGAGGUCCUGAGUUCAAUUCCCAGCAACCACACAAUGGCUCACACCGAUCUAUAAUCAGGAUCUGUGCCCAGAACACUAUAUACAUAAUAAAUAAAUUUAAAAAACCACAGGCCUGCCCCUAAAGGACAGCAGUCGGUUUUAAAGGCCAGAUUGCAAUGCUCAGGCCACACAUUCCUGCAGUUGUCUCUGGGACACAGAGUGAAGAAGCUGUCUGUGCUGGGAAUCCAUAGCUUGAAACAUAUUGGGCUUUUGUAAGUUUUGGGAAGCUGGUGGGAAGCGUCACAUAGAUUCUUUUCAAUAGUGUACUUGACAAAGAGCAUAGAAGAGCCAGGUGCCAUAGUUAAGAGCCUCCAGGUCACAGCACAAGGACAUCAAGUAAUCAAUUACUAUCCUGUUAAGGAACAGUUCCAUUUUCUAACAGUGUGUUGAGGCCAGUUGGGCUAAAUGAGCCCUUGUCUCAGGAAAAGGAAAUGAGCCCGUGUGAUGGUACAGGCCACUAAUGUCAGCACUGGGGAGACAGAAGGAGGUAAUCUCUGAGAAUUUGAGACCAGCAUGGUACAUAAAGUGAGCUUCAGGCCAGCCAGAACUACCCAGUUUGCAAAAGAAAAAGGAUGCAGGAACUCUAAUCCAGCCAGGUAUGGCAGCACAGGAGGGAUCCAGCCAUGCCUCACUCAAGCCCUGGUUCCAGCUGCUUCAGGUAUUAGAAACAAAAGGCUGAUGUUGGUUCAUUUCCACCUUGCUCUACAGCAAGCACAGCCUGACUACGGACCUCAAGGAGGAUUUGAAUUAUGAUCUUACCCCUGAUCUACUCAUCCCAACCUUAGGGACCUCAAGUUACCGAUCCCUCACAGUACAUCCAUAUAUUACCCUAAACACUGACUCCAUAGAGGAAAUGCUGAAAGUAAGAAACUCCCUCCCUUUAUUUAGUUGGCAGCUCCACAGGUUUAUAACCAGAGCUGGAUUCAGCCCACUCCACUGCACUCAGGGACAGCAUUGAUUUAUCUUUUACCUGAAGCUGGCUCAUUGUCUCUAGUGAACAUGGAGAAAAUGUUUUUUCCCCUAUGAAUGGCAGGGUCUACUUCAAGAGGAGAAGCAGAGAGACCCAGUGGCCCUCUCCAAGUCCUUGUUCUGGGUCCCCACAAGAACUUUAGUUUUAUUUAUUUAUUUAUUUAUUUAUUUAUUUAUUUAUUUAUUUAUUUGAGACAGGGUUUCUCUGUAGCUUUGGAGCCUGUCCUGGAACUCCCUUUGUAGACCAGGCUGGCCUCAAACUCACAGAGAUCCGCCUGCCUCUGCCUCCCAAGUGAGAACUUUAGUUUUAAAUAGAGGGCAAAAUGUAUGCACACCACACAGUCCCUGUCAAGGAUGGUGCCACCCACUAUUGCCUCAGCUGCAGUCUUCCUACAGUGUGUUCUUCUGAGCCUCUCUAUUGAGGGGUGUCCACCAUAAAAGGCUGCUUAGACACAGGUUUAAGCCAACAAAAAGUUUUUAUUAGCUGGCCGGUGACCCCACUGGGCGUUCAUCAUCCUAGUGCCUAGGCCUUUAUCAGGGUGAGCUUUUAAGCACAAAAACAUAUCCUGGGUUUACAUACUUCAGUUAAGAGGAACAGUCAGACAGAAGCAGAACUACAGAAGCCAAAAAAAAAAAAAAUAAGGUUAGUCAUUUAGAGACUUUCCUAGAACUCUAGACUUCAGGCUUUUGUUUUGCUAUGUGUUGUGAUAGGAGCGGCGGGGCUGUGUCCCGCCACCCGGUUAGCUUUACCCAAAAUAAUUACACGGAAACUGUAUUCUUUUAAACACUGCCUGGCCCAUUAGUUCCAGCCUCUUAUUGGCUA